AUGUCAGAUAGACCCCCUGAUGUCACUUUGCUAGAUUUGAAAGAAGCCAAACAAUUUGAAAUGAACUGCGAGAUGGAUUUUGACACUGAUAAUAAUUUUUCUGAUUCACAGAUGAUGAACUUCAGGAAUAGAGAAGAUCGUGAAGAAGCUGAGCCUUGUGCCUUGUACAAUAUUCAGGAUUCUGCAGAUACCAUUAUUUCUGUCCAACUUUUAGAAUUUAAAACAAGUGUAGUAGAAGUUGUAGAGGAACUACGCAUUCGAAGGGAUGCAGAAAUACGAUUUGAAGAACAGAUUAAUAGACUUGUGGUGGAAAAACAAGAAUUAGAAUGGCAGAAGGGCAAAUACCAACUAAAUGCAGAUUUAAAAGAAAAAGAGAUCAAUGGACUUAAGGAAGAACUGAAAUCAUUACAAGAGCAAAAGCUGCAGUUGCAGACACAAGCUAAAGAUAAUCACUUGAUUCAGUUAAGUGAAGUUGAGAAACGGUACGCUGCCAUCACACGUCAAUGUGGAAUGAUAAGACAAGCUCAUGAGAAGCUAGAACAGAAUGUGGAAGAGGCAACAAGGCUAAAUAAGAAGCUAAUGGUUGUGAAUAAAAACCAACAAGCCUGCAUAAGAAACCUAAAGCAGGACAUUGAAAAACUAAAUAGAAAGUUGAUAAGUUCCAAAGUCAGUUCUGUGUGCAAACUGGGAGAAGAAAGCAACAAUCGAACAGAAAAGGAGCAACAGCUUCAACAACUUCAACACAAACAUCAAAUGGAGGUUCUGAACUCCCUGCAGCAUACCCAACAGCUGCUCCAGCGGCAGACUGCGGUGGUCAGCAGAGUAGAAGCAGAGUUGAAUGCACUACAAGAGAAAUAUCAGGUCCUUGAAAGAGACAAUACACUUCUCAGAGAGAAGACCAAAGAAAAGGAAGACCGAUUUCUACACCUAACAGAGGAACAUGACAAAUUUAAAACAAACUGGAGAAAAGAGGAGGAGACGUUACAUGAGAAAAUCCUUGUUGCAAAUAAUGAGUUUAAAUUAAUAAAAGAAGCUUAUGAUCAUCUCCGUGAGCAGAACAGUCUGUUAGAAACAUGCAGGGUUCAGCAAGCAGAACAAAUACAACAGUUAGAGAGUACUUUAAAAACAGAGCACUGCAAGGCUGGUGAGGAUCUAAACAAAGAAAAUAGCAGAAUAUCCUUUGCAAUUACCAGUGAGUUACACACUCAAGAAGAAAAGACAUGUCAAGGGAAGGCCGAUCAUACAGAGAAAGUUGAAAAGAAAAAUAACAAAACAGAAGACACAACCAGUACUGCUUUUGUUAAAGAAAUUUCCCCUGAUAAGUGUACAGAUGUUAGUUUGAAGGAGCCAGAGAAGACUGUGAAUGAUGAACUUCCAAAAACAGACUACUGUGUGGUUAUCAAUGUGCAGACUGCUGAUGUUUAUGCUUUUGGAAGCAAAGACACAGAGGGAGCUGAAAACACUUGCUUCAAAGUAGACAUUGCGAGUCCAACUCGCAAGCCACAAGGAAGUCCUGAUACCUUGGCAGAAGUCCCAGUUAAAGGAAAGAUGCUUUCAGACAGUGUUGAUGCAUUAGGUGUCUCUAGUGCAGAUACAGGUCAGCAGACAGACUCCAGCAAACAUAAAUCUGGUAUGGGUGAAAGCCAUAUAGUUUAUAAUAUGUUUGAUAAGACCUUUACCACCACCAUAGAAUGCUGCAAAAGUGACUUUAUUAGUGAGCUAUCCAACCCUGAAGACAAGCCUGUUUCCAGCAUUGAGUGUAACACAGUAAAUGAAGAACUGAAGAAUAGUAAGCAGGAACAGACUGAGUGUAGCCCUGAAUCCAUGUCCCAGACCACAGCUAGAAGUGAUAAAGACAAGCAAAAAUGUAGUUUAAAGGAGCUAAAUUGUUGUCAUAUAGUAGAUGAAGGCACUGAAAUGGUAUGCCAUUUAAUACAAACAAACCAGCAAAACCCAGAAGGAAUGUGUUCAGUCUCUGCUGUUCUUCCUGCUUCUAGCAUCCCUUCAACAGCAGACUCUGAGGAACAAAGAGGUUUUACUAAUAGUGGUAAUAAUAUGUGUAAUGCUGAUAAAGGAGACGGUGCAAGUAGUCGCACAUUCCCACACAACAGAUUUCUAAAGGAGAAAAACAAUUAUACAGACACACAGAGCAAGUGCCGACUAACUGUACCCCAUAACAUUUCCCAGAACAGUAACCUAACUGCCAACACUGAAACCAUCAAUCUAUCUGAAGAAAACACACCGUAUCUAAAUCAGUAUAUUAUCAAAGAGGAUGCCCCUGAAACAAAACACAAUUCACCUGACAAUACAGCUCUGGUGCUGAGUAAUACUGUACCUAAAACAUCUGCGCCAAACACUUCAUAUCAAAACAAUCUUAUUGUAAAAGAGGAUACCACUGUAAUAGAGCAUGUAUCAUCAAGCAAUACUAGUGUAGCACUGAGCAACAAGCAGGACAUUGAAAUGAUACACACCUCUGAAAACUGUGACACUUCCAUUGCCAAGGCCGUAAUGCAUCACAGCCGUGAAGAUAAUGAAGUUGAAUAUUCCAAACAUAUUGAGGAAAACAACCCAUUUGCAAGUGUCAAUAAAGGAGAUAAAGUUGAAGCUCUCAAACAUGGAAGCAGCUCAAACAAGGAUAAAUGCAACAAUGGUUCUCCAAAUGAAUGUCGUGAAGAAAAAACAAUAAAACCAGCUUUUACCGUAAGUGCAUCGCAUGUUUCAAUAAACAAAAACGUUAGGUCAGCAUUUGAUUUAGGGCCUUUAAGAAAGAAAGAUGUGCAUAGGCCAGUGUCUUGGAAAUACACAGAUUUUCCUUAUGCUCCAAAAGCAAAUCAAGAAAGAAUUGAUACAAACAGGUCCUCAACUCCUCUGAUUCCACAUUUUCUUAAAAGAAAACAAGAUUCUUCAGACAGUCAAGAUCUUCCUUCAUCCUCUACAUUGUCAAAGCCACUUUUGGAUGAUAAUGUAAGAAAACAUUAUAGGACAGAUUCCCCUGCUAUUAAAAUAGUUCCUGACAUGUUGAAUACAUCCAGUGCCAGUGUUCAUCUUUGCCACAAGAGAGAUCCUACAGAGGAAUGGAAUGCAAUAGCACAGACUUUUUGUGAAUUCUCUUCCACAGAACAUGAGAGUUCACACCUUGCAAAGUUACCAAUUCCUUAUACAGCUGUACCUUCCCAAGCGGUAUCCAGUUCUAAAACUGGUUCAGUAGCAAAUCAUCUACAUGACCCUGUGUUAAUUGCACACAACAAACACGAGACUUCCAUUUCUGCGUCCGGUUUUGAAAACAAUUCGCCAGAUGCUGAUGAGUGGGAUUAUCAACAAAUCAGUAUCAAUGAUCAGGUCAGCGAAAUUGAGAAGUUUUUAUGUUUGGAAAGAUUAAGACGUACAAGGAAAAGAAAAGUUGAUGGAAGCAUAAAUGAACUGGAGAAAAAUGCUACAUCGGAACUGUAG